AGAAAGCAACAGGGAACUGAUCUGCAGCAACACGCUGCCUCCGGAGUUGAAUACUACAGAAUGGAAAGAUGAAGCGUCCUUUUUGUAAUAUAUCUGUUUCUCUCUUUUUGCAGGCUUCAUUUGGAUGUAUUUAUAAGCAACAGAAGGUUUUGAGGUGGAACUAAACGAGCAAAAAAGAUGUACUCUACUCUUUGAAUUCUCUUUGCUUGCAUCAACAAUUUAUCCAGAUACAGUUUCAGAAAGAAAAUCCACUUGCAAAUAUGCUCUCUUAUUUUUUUUCCACCACAAAUUUGUGAAAAUGGAGCUAUCACAAUGACAAGCCCUGCAGACUGAAGAGACGGCAGGCCACCAGAUGUUUGAGGGAAUUGCCGUCCACCAAUGGCUGUGCUGGGGAGCUCUUUACCUGUUGGCAGUGGGGGUGGCAUUCACAUCUGAAACACGCCGGCCGUGUCCACAGCUCUGCCGCUGCAACACUGUGCUGCUGGAGGUGAACUGCUCCGAUGGCCAACUUACCACAGUGCCUGACAGUCUCCCGCAAAAUACCAAACUACUAAACUUAACGCAUAAUAAGAUCAAGACUCUGGUGCAUCAGCAGUUCCAGACUUUGACACAACUUUUAGACUUGGAUCUGAGUGACAAUAUUAUGGUGAUAAUUGAGGUGGAAGCCUUCAUCGGCUUGCAAAGUCUGAUAACUCUGCGUCUUGCUCGCAACCACCUGAAGAUCAUUCCUGUGGGCGUGUUUGCUGGUUUGCCAAAACUGAAGUCACUGGACAUAAGCAACAAUGAUAUCCUUGUUUUUCUAGAUUUUACUUUCCGUGACUUAACUUCCCUGCAGUUUAUUAGAGCAGCAGAUAAUGACUUUGUUUUUAUUUCUCAUCAAGCAUUCACCGGCUUAACCAGUCUGCAAGAGCUGUACCUCGAUGGCUGCAACCUCACUGCUGUGCCGACAGAGGCACUCACACAGCUCGGUGGGCUGAAAAGUCUUCAUUUUCAGCGAUUGGGAGUCACCACGCUGCCAAACUACUCUUUCCGUCAUCUAGAGCGGCUCACAGAGCUUGUCAUCUCUCAGUGCCGCUGGUUGGAGACCCUGUCAGCAAAUAGUCUCUUUGGCCUAAAUCUUACAUCCCUAACCAUAACAUACUGCAACCUCGGUGCUGUCCCAUACAUCCCUCUGCAUCAUCUUGUGUAUCUUGUAUACCUUGACCUUUCAUUUAACCCAAUCACCUACAUCCAUGGGAACCUGCUCGGAGACUUGCUCCGACUCCAAGAGCUCCAUCUGGUGGGGGGAUCAUUGCUGCGUAUCGACAUUGGAGCAUUCUGGGGUUUGGCACAUUUCAGACUGCUGAAUGUGUCUAGAAACCUUCUAACGACACUCGAGGUAGGUGCUUUCCAUUCAGUGGACACCCUAAGAACUCUGGGACUUGAUAACAACCCACUAGCAUGUGACUGCCGUCUGCUGUGGGUGGUGCGAAGACGACCAAAUCUGGACUUUGGUGGAAAUCCACCAACUUGCUCUACCUCAGUCCGGUUGCAGGGCUGGUAUUUUCUGGACUUUACUGAAGCUGAGCUCCCAGGGCUGCUCACGUGUCGGCAGCCUCGUAUUCUGAACCACAAACCUCAAGAAGUGAGAGUGGAUCAAGGACACACAGUGGUGUUUUAUUGCAAUGCAGAGGGUGACCCUCUUCCAUCUGUCACCUGGAUAGGCCCACAGCUAAAACCUCUAUCGCCCAUUGGUAGAAUACGGGCCCUCUCCAACGGUUCGCUGGAGGUUCGCUACGCUCAACCUCAAGACAGUGGUGCUUAUCUCUGUGUUGCAUCUAAUGCAGCAGGAAAUGACAGCCUGCCCAUCAGCCUUUAUGUCCGAGGCUUUCCAUCAUCCUCUAAAAACCCCCUUCGUCUCAAAGGUUGGCUUGCCUUCCCGUCUGCCUCUCCAGGUGUGAAUGGAAAUCAGAAUAUCCCAUUUGAUGUCAAGACGUUACUGGUAGCUGGAACUAUUGGGUUCCUUUCAUUUUUCAGCUCUGUGAGCAUAUGUUUCAUCUUCAUGUUCUUCUGGAGUAAGAGUAAAGGGCAAAUAAAGCACACAGCCACAAUAGCAUACGUGCCACGAAGUGCCAUGUCAAGUAGUAAUGGAGGGAAAGGCAAUGCGGAGACAAGCAGGUUAACCAUGAAACUAAUAUGAGUCAAAAUGUAAAACACCUGCUUUCACCUGGUGUGACUUGGUACAUUUAGACUUAAUUUCAGUUUCUGUUAGUAAACAGAAUUACUUUGAUUUAAAUGUCCUGUGUGUAGGGAUUAGGGGAUAUACAAGCAGAAAAAGAAAUAUAAUAUAUAAGUAAGUUUUCUUUAGGGUAUAAUCACCUGAAAAUAAGAGCUGUGUUGUUGAUAUCUCAGAAUGACAUGAGCAGGUCCCCAUCUGCGGAGUCUGCCAUGUCCACCACAACAACGCCAAAGUGGUGUUGUUAUUUUGGUGUCUGAGGCUUAAGCCUAAAAUGUUUUGAAAAUAGCCUCAGAUAUGAAUAUAGAGGCUAGACCUUAUAUAUUUU